AAAAGAUUUGCAUUUAUUUCCAAGCUGGACAACAAUAGGACGUUGUUUACGGACCCGUUCAGUGCAGACAAAGAGCAGUUCGGAGUGCGGACACUUGUGCUACUUAAUCAGAAACCACAUUCGCUGGAAACCACAUCGCCAUGGAGCAGAAGAAGAAUGUCGAGAACAAGCCCAUUCGCAAGGAGAUUAUCAAUCCGGGAAACGCUUACAUUGAGCUUACGCCAGGCACACGGGUGAAGUUCCACUUCCUGACGCGCACAGCCCAUGACGGACGCACUGUGGAUGACAGCAGGAAGAUGGGCAAACCCAUGGAACUGGUCCUGGGCAAGAAAUUCAAACUGGAGGUCUGGGAGGUGAUUGUGCAGCAGAUGUCCCUCAACGAGGUGGCCAAAUUCACGGUGCACAAAUCGCUAUGUCCCCAGUAUCCUUUCAUAUCAAAGACAUUGAGGGACAUUGGAAAGAAGCCCGAGGAACGACGCCGCUGCUGUGGAAUGACACUACAAAACGAGGGCAUUGGCUAUCCAGAUUUGGAUGCUCUGUUGCAGCAUCCUGUGGACCUGGAAUUCAUCAUAGAGCUGACCUCGAUUGAGCUGCCUGAGCAGUACGAAAAGGAGCGCUGGCAAAUGUCCGACGACGAGAAAAUGCUGGCCACCAACACACUGAGGGAGCGGGGAAAUGGGUUCUACAAAUCGAAUCGAUAUACCGAUGCUGAGACCUGCUAUCGCGAGGCCGUGGGCAUUGUUGAGCAGCUCAUGCUCAAGGAGAAGCCACACGAUGGUGAAUGGAUGGAGCUGGCUGCGAUCAAGACACCAUUGCUGCUGAACUAUGCCCAGUGUCGUCUCAUUGCCGGGGACUUUUAUGCCGUCAUCGAGCACUGCAACGAGGUGCUGAAUCUGGAUCCAGGAAAUGUAAAGGCUCUGUUCAGGCGGGCCAAGGCACAUGCUGGUGCUUGGAAUCCGAUGCAGGCACGUCGUGAUUUCAUUGAUGCUCUGGCUCUGGAUAGCAGCCUCAAGUCGACUGUGGCCAAGGAGCUGAAAUCGAUUGAGGAGCAGCAGCAGGCUCGCAACGUUCAGGACCGAAUACACAUGCAGAAGCUCUUCUAGAAUAUAAGUGUUGCGAACCUCCUGCUAAUGCUCCUGGUCUAUUGGAGUAACUAUGAGACCUGCUGCUAACAGUUAGCCGAACCCUCCAUUUUCAGCAUUCUAGGAAGCAGACGCUUUAUACCUUUAUUCUCGCUGGCCAACCUGUUGCUCACCUGCUGGGCUCUUUACAAGUUAAUGCGGACGAUGAGGCAGAGACGCAUACGGGCGAUUUGGUGAGGGCCAAAAGGCCCAGUGUGGAGGGUGCUUGGUGUGAUCUAUCUAUCUGUCGUAUCAUUCUGUGAGCAUUGCAUUUCGGCAAAAUCGGAAUUUCGGUUUCCACAGCACAGCACAAUGCACCACAUGAAGCAAGCCAGUCAUUCAUCUCUGGACUUUAAAGUAACUACAAGAAUGUUUUAAUCCCCAAGAGGGCUAAAUUUCAAUCCUUCUCCCUAUACUUACAUCCAAUAUUAAGCAACAAGUUAUACUCUGUAUAUUAUAAUAUAUUAUUAUAUGUGUCUGUGUAUAUUACGAAUAGUUUAUAAGUUGUUGCUCUUCGUAGCGUUUACCGAGAUGAAAACAAAACAAAAAACACAACCAGAAAAGUUUCCCCCAAUGUCCAAUGUUGUAAUCCCUAUGUAUUCGAUUUGUACAUCGAUCUAGAAACUAUGUAACUAUCCUAAGACUAGAAAUACUAUAUGUAUAUGUGUAAGCAUGUGUAUUCCAUACAUGUAUUGGCUGUAAUUUGUUUGUAAUUGUUGUAU